AUGACACACCUAUGGAAGGUGCAGGAUUUUGUCCUAGAGCUGGACAAUUUGGGGAAGUUGCAAGCAGCUCGACCAGACAGCAAAGUCUGUGAGGCAAUGCUGGACAACUUCUGCGCCAGGCUCUCUGCCAUUCAAGAAUGGACAUCCCAGAAUGUCUUGGAGAUCAUGGAUAAGGCUUCAAGCUACACCUCAGAGAGAGUUAGCAAUUUGGCAGCUUACUUGACAGAAGAGGAGUGGAGCAAGCUCAGCCAAUGUAGCAACCAUGAAGCAAUGCAAGUGCUGGCCCAGAGAAUGAAGCACCUUGGUAUGGUGAGCUUGAAGGAGUCCAGCAAAAGGGAUGCAAUAGCUUUGCUCUUGCAUAUGCAAGUGGAUGCGCAGCAGAAGCCAGAGCCUUCUAGCAAGAUGGUGAAGUCUUUGGUGAAUGACUUUGCAGACCUUUCAAGAGAAUGCCUGCUCCACCAGGUGAUUCUGAGGAAGGGCCAUUUGUCCCUGAAAGAACCAGAGGAGACUCCAAAGGCUGGAUCGGUUGCAAGAGUGCCUGGUACAAGCUUGGAAACUCAACUCUUGGGCCUCUUGGAGAG